AUUAACCGGAAACGGAACGCCAUCUAGCGUAAUUUCCUAGAAAUACGCGAAAAAUCACAAAGAAGUUGAUGGGGACAGCAGCAAACAUAAUUACCACAAUAAUGUCCCCAGCCAGCUUCUAGCUCAGAGGUUCUGGCCCCUCUGAAGAUGAACGAUGCCGAUCUGAUGUCCAGCCUGUACACCAGCUAUGCACACAACCUAGCGAGCUACACGAGCACGGAGAACCAGGCUCUACUAGAGCAGCUGCAGUCACUGCUCAAGUCUAAUGGUGCAGCACAACACAGCGCUGGACUGGCCACCAGAAAACUAUCUACUGAUCAGGGCAUGGAUGGUAACUGUGAGCGUGAUGACGGUGUGAGACCAAGCUGCAGGUUCUGCGGGAAAACAUUUGCCCAAGCCAGCUACAUCAAGGCUCACGAGAGGCUACACACAGGUGAGAAGCCCUACGUAUGUUCUGUGUGCAACAAGGCAUUCAGUGACGCCAGCAACUGGAAAAAGCACGAGCGAAUGCACUCCCGCCAGAUUCAGAGUUCCUACGAGGAUGGGGUUGUCUCUGCAGUAAAUAGCGCCCCAACCACCCCUGAACCUCUCACUCCCAACUCCCCCACCAUGAAGGUGACCCAGAUGUCCAACAUGAACCUGACAGCAGCUAACCUAAACUCACACAACACAUCGUUUGCCAGCACGUUGUCCCAGAUUGCGGCGUGCUCUUUAGCGGGCUCCAUGCCAGGGAUGUUCCCAGAGGUGACCUCCUCUCUAGCGGUUCUCUCUCAUAGCCUGUCCCACGCCCACUCUCAGUCUCACAACGUCCACUUGUCGUCUUCCACUUCCCAGAACUCUGAAGACAGUAACGACAUGUCACCGCCAUCUAAACGCAACAAAGAUGACUCUCUCAGCUGCAAUCUGUGCUCCAAGACGUUCUCUACCCCUGCCUCUCUGUCCAUGCACAAGAAAAUCCACAGUGGGGAAAAGCCGCAUACCUGCAUCACAUGUGGAAAGUCUUUCACCCAGAUCGGCACACUGCGGGCCCACGAGCGUGUUCAUACCGGCGAAAAACCUUAUGAGUGUAACAUCUGUGGGAAGACAUUUGCCCAGUGCGGCAGCUUCCGGAUGCACGAAAGAAGACACCAUCGGGACAUGAUGGAGAACUUUCAGAAGUGUUUUGUCUGUGGAGUCAGCUUCACUUCUAUGGAUGAGUUGCAGAAGCAUAUGAUGUGCCACCCAGGGGCCCUGAGUUUUAACCUACACCAUGGCCCAAUGGGUUACCCUGGGCCUCUACCCAUGGGAUUUGGUUUUCCCAUAGAUUUCGAUAGCAAGGCAGAAAUGAAGAUGGAUCCGUCGGAAAUUUCUGAAAUAGAGAAAGCAUUUAACCUGUUUGGAAGUCAGUCCAAGACUGCGCCAGUGACGUCCCAUGCUGAUCACUAUCACUUACCUCCCUUUGUGUCCUCUGCCCACGCGUUUAUUCAACGCUCGCUGUCACAGAGUAAUGACCCCAACACUGCUGUCUCCAUGCUGCUGGCAUCCAAUGGUGCUGAAAAUCUCCUCGGCCAGCAGUUCAGUAACCCAGGAAUUCUUUCCCCAGUCAGGCUUCCCAUCAUGCCCCCUGAGAGAAACCAGUCUGCUGCGUCAUCUGCAAAACCGGUGAAAGAAGAGGUUGAACCAGUCAGUACAACCACAAGAAGUCGCAAAUAUUCCUCCGACUCGCACACGUCCAUGUCAUGUACUGACGGCAAAGAGAAACAGAGUAAUGAUGAGGACCACGAGAACAUGACUGAGAUGGAUAACGAGAACCAUGUUCCCAACCACAGCCAGAAGACUCCAUCAGAAGACUCAAGUUUGGCAGAGUCUCGUUCGACAGAGGACUUUCAGUCGGACGAUGUUCACACAAAUGGAGUCAAUGGGGGCAUCAGUCGCCGCAACCUGAACAAAAGAAUGAUCUCAUCGUCAAACUCGCGAAAACAGCGUCGACCAAUGAGGCGCCUAAGCAGCGUCACCAUGGCCACAGGGUUGGACCAAACAGAGUACCAGCAGCAGUACAACACUGAGGAUGGGGAGGAAGAGGAAGAGGAGCUUAACAAGGACCAGCUGAUGGUCUCCUUCCUGCUGUCCAAGGGCGAGGUAUACAAGUGUGAGCACUGUCACAUCAUCUUUGAGGACUGCACCCUUUACCUGCUUCAUAACGGUUUCCAUGCCAACGAUCGGGACCCGUUCAAGUGUCAGAUCUGCAAAAAGUCAUGUGAUGGCCGCGUGGAGUUCAACUGCCAUCUAACCAGCCACAUCAAGUAUGCAAGCUUUGAGAAAGGUGAGAAGCCUUACGUAUGUUCUGUGUGCAACAAGGCAUACAGUGACGCAAGCAACUGGAAGAAGCACGAGCGCAUGCACACUCGCCAGACACAGAUUGCCUACGAGGAUGGGAUUGUCUCCGCGAUAGUCAGCGCCCCUACCACCCCCGAUACUUCCACUUCACACUCCCCAACCAUGAAUGUCGCACAGUUGUCCAACAUGUACGUGAGCACGGCUAACCUGAUGCCCCACAACCAAUCGUUUGCCAGCACGCUUUCCCACAUUGCAGCCUGCUCUAUGGCGGCCUCCAAGCCGGGGAUGUUCCCAGAGUUAGUCUCCUCCUUGGCGGAGAUCCCACAUAGUAUGCUCUACUCCCACGCACAGUCGCACAAAGCCCACAUGUCGUCUUCCAUUUCACAGAACUCUGAUGACAGUUACGACAUGUCGCCACUGUCGAAACGCAAAACGGGCGACUCUCUCAGCUGCAAUCCGUAUUCCAAGACGUUCUCCACCCCUUUAUCUACGUUCAUGCACAAGAAGCCCAACACCUGCACCACAUUUGGUAAGUCUUUCACCCAGAUCGGCAAACUGCGGACCCACGAGCGUGUACAUACCGGCGAGAAACCAUAUGAGUGCAAUAUAUGUGGGAAGACAUUUGCCCAGUGCGGCAGCUACCGGAUGCACGAAAGAAGGCACCAUCGGGACAUGAUGGAGAACUUUCAGAAGUGUUUUGUAUGUGGAGCCAGCUUCAUUUCUAUGGAUGAGUUGCAGAAGCACAUGAUGUGCCACCCAGGGGCCCUGAGUCUUAACCUUCAACAUGGGCCAAUGGGCUUCACAGGGCCUCUACCCAUGGGAUUUGGUUUACCCAUAGAUUUCGACAGCAAGUCAGAAAUGAAGAUAGAUCCAUCGGAGAUUUCUGCGCCAGUGACGUCCCAUGCUGAUCACUAUCAGUUAGCUCCCUUUGUGUCCUCUUCCCAUGCAAUUUUUCAACGCUCGCUGUCACAGGGUAAUGACCCGCACAGUGCUGUUUCCAUGCUGCUGGCAUCCAACGUUGCUGAAAAUCUCCUCGGCCAGCAGUUCAGUUACCCAGGAAUUCUUUCCCCAGUCAGGCUUCCCAUCAUGCCCCCUAAGAGAAACCAGACUGUCGCGUCGUGUGCAAAACCGGUGAAAGAAGAGGUUGAACCAGUUAGUACAACGACAAGAAGUCGCAAGUACUCCUCCGACUUGCGAAAAUCAAUGUCAUGUACUGACGGCAAAGAGAAACAGAGUAAUGAUGAGGACCAAGAGAACAUGACUGAGAUGGAUAACGAGAACCAUGUUCUCAACCACAGCCAGAAGACUUCAUCAGAAGACUCAAGUUUGGCAGAGUCUCGUUCGACAGAGGACUUUCAGUCGGACGAUGUUCACACAAAUGGAGUCAAUGGGGGCAUCAGUCGCCGAAACCUGAACAAAAGAAUGAUCUCAUCGUCAAACUCGCGAAAACAGCGUCGACCAAUGAGGCGCCUAAGCAGCGUCACCAUGGCCACAGGGUUGGACCAAACAGAGUACCAGCAGCGGUACAACACUGAGGAUGGGGAGGAAGAGGAAAAGGAGCUUAACAAGGACCAGCUGAUGGUCUCCUUCCUGCUGUCCAAGGGCGAGGUGUACAAGUGUGAGCACUGUCACAUCAUCUUUGAGGACUGCACCCUGUACCUGCUUCAUAACGGUUUUCAUGCCAACGAUCGGGACCCGUUCAAGUGUCAGAUCUGCAAAAAGUCAUGUGAUGGCCGCGUGGAGUUCAACUGCCAUCUAACCAGCCACAUCAAGUAUGCAAGCUUUGAGAAAGGUGAGAAGCCUUACGUAUGUUCUGUGUGCAACAAGGCAUACAGUGAUGCAAGCAACUGGAAGAAGCACGAGCGCAUGCACACUCGCCAGACACAGAUUGCCUACGAGGAUGAGACUGUCUCCGCGAUAGUCAGCGCCCCUACCACCCCCGAAACUUCCACUUCACACUCCCCAACCAUCAAUGUGGCACAGUUAUCCAACAUGUACCUGAGCACGGCUAAUCUGAUGCCCCACAACCAAUCGUUUGCCAGCACGCUUUCCCAUAUUGCAGCCUGCUCUAUGGCGGCCUCCAAGCCGGGGAUGUUCCCAGAGUUAGUCUCCUUCCUGGCGGAGAUCCCACAUAGUAUGCUCUACUCCCACGCACAGUCGCACAAAGCCCACAUGUCGUCUUCCAUUUUACAGAACUCUGAUGACAGUUACGACAUGUCGCCACUGUCGAAACGCAAAACAGGCGACUCUCUCAACUGCAAUUCGUAUUCCAAGACGUUCUCCACCCCUUCAUCUACGUUCAUGCACAAGAAGCCCAACACCUGCACCAGAUUUGGUAAGUCUUUCACCCAGAUCGGCAAACUGCGGGCCCACGAGCGUGUACAUUACGGCGAGAAACCAUAUGAGUGCAAUAUAUGUGGGAAGACAUUUGCCCAGUGCGGCAGCUACCGGAUGCACGAAAGAAGGCACCAUCGGGACAUGAUGGAGAACUUUCAGAAGUGUUUUGUAUGUGGAGCCAGCUUCAUUUCUAUGGAUGAGUUGCAGAAGCACAUGAUGUGCCACCCAGGGGCCCUGAGUCUUUACCUUCAACAUGGGCCAAUGGGCUUCCCAGGGCCUCUACCCAUGGGAUUUGGUUUACCCAUAGAUUUCGACAGCAAGUCAGAAAUGAAGAUAGAUCCAUCGGAGAUUUCUGCGCCAGUGACGUCCCAUGCUGAUCACUAUCAGUUAGCUCCCUUUGUGUCCUCUUCCCAUGCAAUUUUUCAACGCUCGCUGUCACAGGGUAAUGACCCGCACAGUGCUGUUUCCAUGCUGAUGGCAUCCAACGGUGCUGAAAAUCUCCUCGGCCAGCAGUUCAGUUACCCAGGAAUUCUUUCCCCAGUCAGACUUCCCAUCAUGCCUCCUGAGAGAAACCAGACUGUCGCGUCGUGUGCAAAACCGGUGAAAAAAGAGGUUGAACCAGUUAGUACAACGACAAGAAGUCGCAAGUACUCCUCCGACUCGCGAAAAUCCAUGUCAUGUACUGACGGCAAAGAGAAACAGAGUAAUGAUGAGGACCAAGAGAACAUCACUGAGAUGGAUAACGAGAACCAUGUUCCCAACCACAGCCAGAAGACUCCAUCAGAAGACUCCAGUUUGGCAGAGUCUCGUUCGACAGAGGACUUUCAGUCGGACGAUGUUCACACAAAUGGAGUCAAUGGGGGCAUCAGUCGCCGCAAUCCUGAACAAAAGAAUGAUCUCAUCGUCAAAAUCGCGAAAACAGCGUCGACCAAUGAGGCGCCUAAGCAGCAGUACCAGCAUCGGUACAACACUGAGGAUGGGGAGGAAGAGGAAGAGGAGCUUAACAAGGACCAGCUGAUGGUCUCCUUCCUGCUGUCCAAGGGCGAGGUGUACAAGUGUGAGCACUGUCACAUCAUCUUUGAGGACUGCACCCUGUACCUGCUUCAUAACGGUUUCCAUGCCAACGAUCGGGACCCGUUCAAGUGUCAGAUCUGCAAAAAGUCAUGUGAGAAGCCUUACGUAUGUUCUGUGUGCAACAAGGCAUACAGUGACGCAAGCAACUGGAAGAAGCACGAGCGCAUGCACACUCGCCAGACACAGAGUGCCCACGAGGAUGGGAUUGUCUCCGCGAUGGUCAGCGCCCCUACCACCCCCGAAAUGUCCACUUCACACUCCCCAACCAUGAAUGUCGCACAGUUGUCCAACAUGUACCUGAGCACGGCUAACCUGAUGCCCCACAACCAAUCGUUUGCCAGCACGCUUUCCCACAUUGCAGCCUGCUCUAUGGUGGCAUCCAAGCCGGGGAUGUUCCCAGAGUUAGUCUCCUCCCUGGCAGAGAUCCCACAUAGUAUGCUCUACUCCCACGCACAGUCGCACCAAGCCCACAUGUCGUCUUCCAUUUCACAGAACUCUGAUGACAGUUACGACAUGUCGCCACUGUCGAAACGCAAAACGAGCGACUCUCGCAACUGCAAUCCGUAUUCCAAGACGUUCUCCACCCCUUCAUCUACGUUCAUGCACAAGAAGCCCAACACCUGCACCACAUUUGGUAAGUCUUUCACCCAGAUCGGCAAACUGCGGGCCCACGAGCGUGUACAUACCGGCGAGAAACCAUAUGAGUGCAAUAUAUGUGGGAAGACAUUUGCCAAGUGCGGCAGCUACCGGAUGCACGAAAGAAGGCACCAUCGGGACAUGAUGGAGAACUUUCAGAAGUGUUUUGUCUGUGGAGCCAGCUGCAUUUCUAUGGAUGAGUUGCAGAAGCACAUGAUGUGCCACCCAGGGGCCCUGAGUCUUAACCUUCAACAUGGACCAAUGGGCUUCCCAGGGCCUCUACCCAUGGGAUUUGGUUUACCCAUAGAUUUCGACAGCAAGUCAGAAAUGAAGAUAGAUCCAUCGGAGAUUUCUGAAAUAGAGAAAGCAUUUAACCUGUUUGGAAGUCAGUCCAAGACUGCGCCAGUGACGUCCCAUGCUGAUCACUAUCAGUUACCUCCCUUUGUGUCCUCUUCCCAUGCAAUUUUUCAACGCUCGCUGUCACAAGGUAAUGACCCGCACAGUGCUGUUUCCAUGCUGCUGGCAUCCAACGGUGCUGAAAGUCUCCUCGGCCAGCAGUUAAGUUACCUAGGAAUUCUUUCCCCAGUCAGGCUUCUCAUCAUGCCCCCUGAGAGAAACCAGUCCGUCGCGUCGUGUGCAAAACCGGUGAAAGAAGAGGUUGAACCAGUUAGUACAACGACAAGAAGUCGCAAGUACUCCUCCGACUCGCACACGUCCAUGUCAUGUACUGACGGCAAAGAGAAACAGAGUAAUGAUGAGGACCACGAGAACAUGACUGAGAUGGAUAACGAGAACCAUGUUCCCAACCACAGCCAGAAGACUCCAUUAGAAGACUCAAGUCUGGCAGAGUCUCGUUCGACAGAGGACUUUCAGUCGGACGAUGUUAGCACAAAUAGAAUCAAUGGGGACAUCAGUCGCCGAAACCUGAACAAAAGAAUGAUCUCUUCCUCAUACUCGCGUUAA